CAGGGUGAAGGUGAACCGGGCCCAUCUCUCUCUUGUCUACCCGUCAGUGGAAGCACCCUCUCCCCGUCUCCUCCUUCUGCACCGGGAUCACCUGCCUAGCCCCGAGCCAUGUCCAUAUUCAGCGAUGUCCCGCAGGCUCCUCCGGUGGCGGUCUUCAAACUGACCGCUGACUUCAGGGAGGACAGCCACCCGCAGAAGGUGAAUCUGGGAGUUGGAGCUUACCGUACUGAUGACUGCCAGCCCUGGGUGCUGCCGGUGGUGAAGAAGGUGGAGCGACUGAUCGUGGAGGACAACAGCUUGAACCACGAGUACCUGCCCAUCCUCGGCCUGCCUGAGUUCCGCUCCGCCUCCUCCAAGGUCGCGCUGGGAGAGGACAGCUCUGCCAUCAAGGAGAACAGGGUGGGAGGGGUCCAGGCUCUGGGUGGAACAGGUGCCCUGAGGAUCGGGGCGGAGUUCCUGCGCCGCUGGUACAACGGCGUGAACAACACUGCCACACCUGUCUACGUCUCAGCGCCUACCUGGGAGAACCACAAUAGUGUGUUUGCUGAUGCUGGCUUCAAAGACAUUCGGCCCUACCACUACUGGGAUGCUGCUAAGAGGGGCCUGGACCUCGCCGGGCUCCUGGACGAUCUGGAGAAAGCUCCAGAACAUUCCAUCUUCGUCCUCCACGCCUGUGCGCACAACCCCACCGGCACCGACCCGACCCCGGACGAGUGGAAAAAGAUCGCAGAGAUCAUGAAGAGGAGGAACUUGUUUGUGUUCUUCGACUCAGCCUACCAGGGUUUCGCCUCCGGCAGUCUGGAUAAAGAUGCCUGGGCCAUCCGCUACUUUGUCUCUGAGGGCUUUGAGCUAUUUGUGGCUCAGUCCUUCUCCAAAAACUUUGGCCUUUACAAUGAGAGAGUUGGCAACCUGACCAUAGUUGCCAAGGACAACGAGAACCUGACCCGCAUCCUGUCCCAGAUGGAGAAGAUUGUCAGGACAACUUGGUCCAACCCGCCGUCUCAGGGAGCACGCAUCGUCAGCAAGACCCUCAACUGCCCCGAGCUCUUCGCUGAAUGGAAAGGUAAUGUGAAGACCAUGGCAGACCGCGUCCUGCUGAUGAGGGAUCAGCUGAAGAGCAAGCUGCAGGGUCUGGGCACCCCGGGGACCUGGGACCACAUCACCCAGCAAAUCGGCAUGUUCAGCUUCACCGGCCUCAACCCCAAACAGGUGGAGUACAUGAUCAAAGAGAAGCACGUGUACCUGAUGGCCAGCGGUCGCAUCAACAUGUGCGGCCUGACCACCAAGAACAUCGACUAUGUCGCUCAGUCCAUCCACGAGACCGUCACCAAGGUCCAGUAAAGGCUGCUCCUGUCCGCCCACUUCCUGCCUCCUGUACGCCACAGGAAGUAAUCGUCUUGUCUGUGCCCUUGUACCCCUCCCCUGCUCAUCCUCGCCUCCGAUUGGUUAAACUGCAGCAGGGAUUUUGCAGUUGAACCAAUGAGAGGGGGGAUGCUUUACUGUUCUCACAUGAAGGUAUAAACCUUUGGGAGGUGCAAUGAUUUUAGGAAGACACUUGAACGCACAAAGUCAGGUCUCACCGUCAGCAGAGCUCCACACCCAAAUGUGUAAAAUGUCUUUUUACCCAGGUCCCUUCAUUUUUAGACUUCCUGUUUUUGUGCUAUCCAAAUCAUUUCUGGUCACAAAAGAUCACUCGUUUUCUCAGUCGUUUAUAGCACAUCAGGGGAUUGAAUAAGAUGUGUCUGUAAUAUUGAACAAAAUGCCACUCAGGUGGGUUAAUGUAAAUAGGUGUAAGCACUGUUAGAGGUCCUGAUGUGUCCCGCAGAAGCACUGGAGUCCAACUUCACUUCAGCUCGGAGCCCGUAACAAAUCAGAAAGAUUAUGACUCCUUUUUCCAGCCAUGAGAUUUUACAAUUUCAGAAAUUAAAUACAUUUUUAUUUUAUGAAUAAUCAUUUCAUCUCAGGACUUUUCUUAUGCUGAAGUUUUAGGAAGGGCAUUAUGAGCACAACGGUUAUUGUCUCUGUCAUGUGACCAGACUGAAAGGUCAUUUAAAGGUAAAUGCAUGUGCCUGAUGUUGUCGGUUUUGCCUUUGUCAGACCUGUGCAGCUACGUAGAAGAUCAUAAUGUUAAUAGAACGUCACAAAGUGACUCUGUGCCAUCAGCGAACAAAAUCACCUCCUUUCUCUCCCUGCUGUUAUUUUCUCUCCACCCUGCAGUGCCCUUAUUGUGUUGCAGAACGCCUCUGUAAAGCCGGUUGUUGUAAUGACCUCAGAGCCUGACACUUGUUGGCCACAUAACCACACUCCCAUGUGGUGUUGUUUGUAAUGGCACACGGCAGUAUGUGUGUUCAUGCUGAAAUAAAUUAUAUACAGGAACCGAA